CAGCUCUACGCAACCACGACGCGCUUGAAUCACAGUCGCCGGAAGUGACCGGCGGCGUCGCGCUAGCAGUUCGCGCUAACCGGACCGGGACCGGCGGAACCGAUAGCAUACCGGAGACAGCAGGACUCCACCGGCCGAGCGAGCAGAUCGCGUGCUAUCUCUGAAUCUGCAGCUUGUACGCGGAUUGUCGCUGUGAGGACCCGGAAGUGCAGCAGGACGGGACGGCGUGACGUAUGCUCGAGGAGCUUUUGUUUGGGGGCGUGGCCUGUAGGCGUCUUCUCACUCGCGAUUGGUGAACAGGAGUCUAGCCAUCCUGCUGUGGCUCUGUGGUCACGAAGUGGGCGGAGUCAGGCUCAGACUCGGGCUGUGAUUGGCUGAGAGUGAUGAGUGGGCUGGCGGUGGCUCAUGGGCGGAGGGGCGGUGCCAGGGAGAGGGGGCGGGGCGUGGACUCUUCAUGCUGGUUCGCUCCUGGUGUCCUGCGGCGAUUGUUCGAGCUGCCGGCGCCGGUUCUGUCGCGGCAUCAGCUGAAGCGUCUGGAGGAGCAUCGCUACAGCAGCUCGGGGCGCUCGCUCCUCGAACCCAUCAUGCAGCAAUACUGGGAGUGGCUUGUAAACCGGAUGCCACCCUGGAUCGCGCCAAACCUCAUCACCAUUGUAGGCCUGGUGACCAACAUCUUCACCACACUGGUACUGGUGUAUUACUGCCCGACCGCCACCGAACAGGCUCCGCUGUGGGCGUAUCUCCUGUGCGCGGUGGGUUUGUUUGUCUAUCAGUCGCUGGACGCCAUUGAUGGGAAACAGGCCAGACGCACUAACAGCAGUUCACCACUGGGGGAGCUGUUUGACCACGGCUGUGAUUCACUCUCGACAGUGUUCGUGGUUUUGGGCACCAGUAUAGCGGUUCAGCUGGGCACUCACCCUGACUGGAUGUUCUUCUGCUGUUUCGCCGGCAUGUUUAUGUUUUAUUGCGCACACUGGCAGACCUACGUCUCCGGUACGCUGCGCUUCGGCAUAUUCGAUGUCACAGAAUCGCAGAUCUGUCUAGCGUUGUUGCAGAUGUUUACGGCUGCAGUUGGCCCAACGAUUUGGAACGUAACGAUUCCCGUAAUAAACAUCCAAAUGAAAAUAAUUCCAGCACUUUGCACAUUUAUCGGAGUGGUUUUCUCAUGUACCAAUUACUUCAGAGUCAUAUUUACAGGCGGCGUGGGGAAAAACGGAUCCACUAUAGCGGGUACGAGUGUAUUAUCGCCCGUCCUGCACAUCGGCUCUGUGAUCAUUCUCGCUAUGAUGAUUUAUAAGAAAUCGGCUGUCCAGCUCUUCCAGAAACACCCCUGUCUCUAUAUUCUGGCCUUUGGUUUCGUUUCGGCCAAAAUCACCAAUAAAUUAGUGGUGGCUCACAUGACGAAGAGUGAAAUGCAUCUUCAUGACGUGGCGUUUCUGGGUCCCGGCCUGUUAUUCCUCGAUCAGUAUUUCAACAGCUUCAUCGAUGAGUAUUUGGUGUUGUGGAUUUCUCUGAUUCUGUCUUUGUUUGAUCUGGUGCGCUACUGCGUGAGCGUCUGCAACGAAAUCGCAUCUCAUCUGCACAUCUGCGUCUUCAAGAUCAAGCCCCAGAGCGCCGCGGGCAUCCAGUGACGAAUUACUCAACACUCCGCAUCUUCAUCCUGCUACUGUAACCCAGACUAAACCUCAACCAGACCGUCCUCCUUCCUUCCUCACCAAUGAACAAAAUAAUCAAACUAACGAACGAACAAACUCCAGCUCACUCAGUAUCCUUCAGAGGUGUUUGGUGUACCCAUGAUGCACUGGGGCCGUGUGCUCCGUAUUGUUGUUUUAAUACUCAGUUCGACUCGUUUAAUUGGAUCAAUGAUGAUUGAAUCGCUGCUAAUAAUAAUGAUUUGCCCUCAUCUAAACGGC